AUGCUUGGCCUGGAUGCUGGCGGCAGCGGUGCUGGCAGCGGCAGCGGCAGCAGCAGCGGCAGUGGCAGCAGCAGCGGCAGCAGCAGCAGCCCUGCCGUCAAGCCGCCCAGAAGCAGUGGCGGCGGCAGUGGGGAGGGUGCAGCUCCCAGCUUGUCUCAGUACCUGCAGUUCGGCCGCCUAAUGGGCGAGUCGCCGGAGCAGGUGCAGCAGCAGCUGGAUGCGGCCGGCGUUCAAGUGCGGGUCGAUGAGGAGAGCCAGCAAUUCUUGCAGGCAUGGGAGGAGGAGGAGUUGGAGCAGUAUGCCAUGUUUGAGGCGGUUCUGUCGGCAAUGGAUGCACGCCCCGUUGGCACCUCGGCAGCCGCCAAGAAGCUGCAGCGGAACAAGAAUGUCCAGGGGGCGGCGGUCGACGCGGAGCGUCUCAGGGCGCAAGUGCGGGCAGACUAUGAGCGGCUGCUAGACAAGCGAGCGCAGGCUGGAGGGGCGCUCCCAGGCGUGGGCAGGGCACAGGCCCCCGCUGCAGGCCAGGCUGCGGGGCAGCGUGGGCCAGGCAGCCUCAACUUGGUGCCACACAAGCCAUCCAUGCCGGCAGGCCUGGGCGCCAAGCCGACGCGGCCUGCUGCACUGGAGGGGCUGUAG